AUGUGCAAACAGCUGCGAACCAAGUUUCUUGGCAAACCAGAGGUUGGGACCGCUCGCUCAGCCUAUCAGGAGGAAUUGGAGUGUUUGUCCGCGGUGAGCAGCUACUGUGACGUCCGCGCAGGCUGGCCGGGUCAUGAGGAGAACUCUUUGUGCGUCCUGAGUCCGAACUGCCAGCUGUACCUUUGUGACGCCGACUGCAGCACUGACAGUAGCUGUCUCGAGCAGAGUGACGACCGAGAGCCGAGGGGCUCCGGCAGUGCAGAGGACGACUAUCCCCCCCUGAGAAUGACUCGACUUGACCCGCCACCUCACCGACCCACGCCCCGUGCCUGGAUGGAGGAGUCCCGGAGCAUCGACGGCUUCAGUAAGCGCUCAGGGUUCAAAGAAGACAAAGAGAAGCGAGAAAGUGGCUACUUCUCCUUAGGGAGGGCAACAAGUGCCCAUUCUCUACGUGAUAACAGCCCACAUGGGCCAUUUCGCUAUUUUGAGAGAGGACAUCCGGUCUUUAGCAGCAAAAACAUUGAGCCCAAAGAUACGAUCCCCUUUAGAAAUCCUAAUCUGGGUGUGGCCUCUGAGAGGCAGGUGCCAGAGGUUCUGGAGAGCGAUCUGCCUGUGGAAAUCCCUCCUCUAGACCCCUAUGGCAUUGCUGUUGAGGUGGAAGCACAGCUCGGCCCUCGUUCUCCGAGCCCGACUCCUUUUAAGAUAGCUGAGUCUCUAGCCUCGACGAGACCAAAAGGUUACACCAGGUCGUACGACAGAGGAAACCCUAAUUACAAGUCUUCCCAUCAACAGUCAGGGCGCUUUGAUUCCUCAAGGCUAAGCUCAGCUCUACAAUCUCGCUCUUCUUCCCCUGCACGUGGAAACUCUUUAUUGAGGGGUGGUGAGUUUCCUUCCGCCCUCAGAGGGCAUCCUCUUGAUGGUGCAGAGUGGUCCAAGGGUAUGGGCUCAAGAUCAAGAGGCUCCUUGCAAGCAGCACAUGGGCGAGGUGUAGAAUCUGGGACUUUGCCCAGAAACUUUCAAUCAUUCGCUGGUUCAGUCAAAUCCCAAUCCAAUACAAUCUCUGAUUUUCGAAAUGCCUUACGAAAAACAGAGGUAAGUGGUUCGCACAGUGGUCAUGGUCCUAAUAGCAGGAGCUCCUCACCUGUCAUAAUGUCACUCUGCCCAACUGAAAACAGAAGCAGUUCUUUGCACAGGCUCAACAAUCGUACAAGCUCUCCAUCUCGGAGACCUUCAGAGAGUCGUUAUGACACUCGUGGGUCUUCACCGCCAAGAAGAGCUUCCAGUUCAUUUUGCCAAUCUGGUCUUCGUAAAUCAGAUUCCAUGACAUCACUGGAUGAACGAAGUCAUCAUGGACGAUGCGGUUCCCCGAUAAGAGAAGGUUACGACAUUGAGAGUCAGGCUCUCCUGCGAAACCUAACAGCAGGAAAUGCACGUAAUAGUCAAGAGGACAAAAACACUACCACGUCUCCGACCAGACUUGGUUAUGACGCAUCAAGUCAACCGAAACUUCACAAGAAAGAAUUCAGUACAACUGGUCGCAGUCAACAAAGUCCUGAAAGAAGGUCCUUUAAAACUCCUGGUCAGUAUUCACUUAGAAAAAAUGAAAAUAGCAGCGCUUCAUUUAAUGGUCCUCAAAGUCGAAAUACUUCUCCUUCAAGGAGAAGUUAUGAAGCUCCCACUCAGUCUAUCCUUCGUAAAUCCGAACCAAAAGCCCGGGAUAGCCAUAUAUCUUCAUCAUCAAAGCAACGCUACAGUGCACCUCACCAGACCUUGUUUUAUAAUAGUGAACUUAGCAGCUCUCCAAAGGGGAAGAACCACAACAGCUGUAACGCUUCCCUGUCUCAAAAUGCCACCGGUGAGUCUCCAGGCCACUCCGUCCUCAGAAAUUCCACCAAAGGAAACGCCAGUCGUUCAUUGCACAGAAGAAACGAUUACUCAAAAUCGGACCCCAAUCACUCGCCACGUUCCUGGCGGCAAUCAGCACAUUCGCUGCGCAGUUCCUCGUUAUCCCGCGCUGCUUCUCCUGCCCUGCAGAAUGCAACAGGCAACAGAACGCCCUCCAACACCUUACAAACGCAGAGAAGCCCUGGUAGCGUUAGAGCUCGGGUCAGAGGACAAAGCCUUGAAAACCAAUUUCCUAGGGACAGCCCUGGUAGCGUUAGAUCUCAGGUAAAAGGACAAAGCCUUGAAACCCAAUUUCCCAGGGACAGCCCUGGUAGCGUUAGAUCUCAGUUAAGAGGACAAAGCCUUGAAAACCAAUUUCCCAAGGACAGAGGACCUUGUGACCGUGCACGGAGCCCUUCACCUACACUCCAGAUUAAAAUGCAAAGCCAUACCUACUCACAGAGCUCCAUGGAUUCCUCAGAAUCAGGCCAGCUGUCAGUAGUGGCCACAGAUAGGAACAAGGGAGAAUAUGCCAGGAUUGCUGACCUGCCCAAGGUAAAGAUUAUUCAACAGCAGGAGGACAGUAGCUACAUGGACAUUCCUCAGAAUCAUCAGCGUUCCCGGAGACAGGAACUCUUCAAACCAGCCAGCCACUCCCUCACCAAUCAUCCCUUCAGAGCCUGGGAAGACACUGGAGAAACUGACAAGGAACGCUACUAUGGUGGCAGUGGGUAUCUAUCGCGGGCUCACUCCUCUACUUCCUUGCAGAGGUCUUGCAGUCCCACUGUGGACGAGGGCGUCUUCUGGAACGAGAGUCAUCCCAAACCAGCGCCAAUGCAGGUACACUAUAUGGGUUCUCUGUUCUAG